UUGACUAGUGUUAUGUUAUGUCUUCUGAUUUCUUGUUAAGUCAAACUCAAACUUCAUUGUUUCUGUCUCAGUCUCUCCUUGUUCCCUCCGACCGAUCCUCCACCGUUCCAUCCUUCACCUUCAUCUACUACAUUCCCUCCAAUUUCAUCACUUUCAGAUUUCACUUUCUUCAUAUUCAUAAAUCCCUAUUUAAUGGCUUCAAUUUCGCAUGCGAUCACUGCCACCACCAACCCCUACCUAAACCUUCCUCACCCAGCUCAAACCCGCUCCUCUAUACUCCGUCUCUCUCACUCCAACUCCCGUAGAGUCAUCAAGAAUGUUGGUGUCUUUGCAGAACAUAGCAAUUCCACUUCAACCUCAGCUAUUGAUUUCAAUGAUCCUGAUUGGAAAAUCAAGUUUCAGCAGGACUUUGAGUCCCGUUUUCGACUUCCUCAUAUUACUGAUAUUUUUCCUGAUUCUCCUCCUAUUCCUUCUACCUUUUGUCUCAAAAUGAGAACUCCGAUAGGUAAAAAUAUUCCAGGUCAUUACUCAUUGGAUGAAGAGUGGCAUGGUUACAUUAAUAACAAUGAUAGAGUGCUUCUCAAGACAAUUAACUAUUCGUCGCCUAAAUCUGCUGGUGCUGAGUGCAUUGAUCCCAAUUGUACUUGGGUAGAACAAUGGGUUCAUCGAGCGGGGCCUCGGGAAAAAAUAUACUAUAAACCAGAAGAAGUUAAGGCAGCAAUUGUCACCUGUGGAGGGCUCUGCCCUGGUCUUAAUGAUGUCAUCAGACAGAUUGUAAUCACACUUGAAAUAUAUGGAGUAAAAAAGAUAGUGGGGAUUCCUUUUGGUUAUCGAGGAUUUUCUGAUAAAGAAUUGACAGAAGUACCGCUGUCAAGGAAAGUAGUUCAGAAUAUUCAUCUAUCUGGUGGAAGCUUGUUGGGAGUUUCGCGAGGAGGACCUGGAGUCAAUGAUAUCGUGGAUACUUUGGAGGAGAGAGGGAUCAACAUGCUUUUUGUACUAGGUGGAAAUGGAACACAUGCUGGUGCAAAUGCAAUUCACAGUGAGUGCUGCAAAAGACUACUCAAAGUGUCUGUCAUUGGAGUGCCUAAAACUAUUGAUAAUGAUAUUCUAUUGAUGGAUAAAACUUUCGGAUUCGAUACUGCUGUAGAAGAAGCACAAAGAGCAAUUAAUUCUGCAUACAUUGAGGCACAUAGUGCAUAUCACGGAAUUGGGGUUGUGAAAUUAAUGGGCCGUAGUAGUGGGUUCAUAGCAAUGCAGGCUUCCCUAUCUAGUGGACAGGUCGACGUAUGUUUGAUACCUGAGGUGCCGUUUAACUUACAUGGCCCUCAUGGUGUAUUGAGGCAUCUGCAGUACCUUCUAGAAAUGAAGGGAUCGGCUGUAGUCUGCGUGGCAGAGGGAGCUGGACAGAAUUUACUUCAAAACACUAAUGCAAAAGAUGCAUCGGGAAAUAUUGUAUUUGGAGAUAUUGGUGUAUAUAUACAGCAAGAGACAAAAAAAUAUUUCAAGGAGAUUGGUGUUCAUGCUGAUGUAAAAUAUAUUGAUCCAACAUACAUGAUCCGUGCGUGUCGAGCAAAUGCAUCAGAUGGGAUUUUAUGCACUGUACUUGGACAAAAUGCUGUUCAUGGUGCAUUUGCAGGAUAUAGCGGCAUAUCAGUAGGUUUAUGUAACACCCACUAUGCUUACUUCCCCAUCCCGGAAGUAAUAUCGCAUCCCCGACUGGUGGACCCUAACAGUCGAAUGUGGCAUCGUUGCUUAACUUCAACUGGCCAACCUGACUUCAUCUGAUAGUUAUCUACCCUUUCCAAUAAGUUAUUUGCUGAUAGUUAUAUCAUAAGUAGAUAGCUUCAAAUUAAUUCUGGCAAAUUUGCCGAAACAAUCAAAUGUGAAAAUAAUAGGAAGGGUAACAUUUUUUCCUUUGAAAAAUUGGUUAUUUGUAAAGCAUGGCAGUUUUGUCUGCUGCAUUCAAAUUAACAUUUUAGAUGUAUCAUCUCUAAGCAUUAUAUCACAUAUUAAUGGCCAAAUUUUAAUGAAAUAACAUAUGAUAAUGAAUCUGCAUAGAAUGAUAAA